UAUUUAAGCGUAACACGAUGUGUGCGCAGCGCAGCUAAGUGUUAAAGCAAAAUAAUAAAAUUUCAUAUUUUAGUUUUAAAAUUAAUGUCGUUGUGUGCGGUCGUUUGUUGUUGGCAGCGGAGAACGGGUUAUACAUAUACAUAUGCUGAACGAGAAAUAAUUUUUUAAUUUUUAAAUUUAUUUUACUUAUGAAAUUUUCAUGCAUAUAACAAAAAGAAAGAGAGAAUAAAAAAAACAAAACAGUUGGCUAAAAAUCGAUUAUUUGACGUGCAUUUUUAUGCGUAGAAAAUUUUUAAAAUAAAAAAUAUUAACUUUUUGCGCAUAUUAUUUAAUCGUGAAAAUCGUAAAAUCGCCGUUUAAAUGGAUAAUCAAACUGAACCGGCUGGCAACAACGCGAGUUACCACAACAACUCGGCCAACGUGGACUACGUAAAUUAUGAUUAUCCGCAACCAUGUAAACGUGGUCGUGGCUAUGCGCCAACAGGCGAAUUCGAUUUGAGUCUCAUACGUGAAUUUCGUGCUCGUCCUGGCUUUUACGACCGCAAUUCAGCCAGUUUCAAGGACAAAUUGCACACAGCGCAUCAAUGGCAGGAGAUUUCCAACAAAUUGGGCUUUGAUGUGUCCUUGCUGAAGGAUCGCAUGCUGCAGCUGCGCAAUCGCUACAAUCUGGAGAAGCGUCGCUUGGAGCAAUUACGUGAUGAGAAUCCUGGCCAAAAUAUUGAAUCACCAUGGCCACUAUUUCAACAUUUGCAUUUCCUCUCGGAACACAUACGACCGCGUCGCUCCUACAAGAGCAUGCAACCGCGUACAUCGCUUGCGGAGACCGGUGAUGAUGAUGAUGAACAACAGCCAGGUACUCGUCAGCAACAAACAGAUCAAUACCUGCAACAACAACAACAGCAGCAACAAACACUAAAUUCAGCAGCGGUGACAACUGGCAAUCGUGAUUCGUUCAGCGAUGGCGCUGACGGCGGCGGCGGCGAGGGUGGCGGUAACAACAGCAGUGCCGAUAUGGCGACAUACGCUAAUGGUCUACUCGCCGUUAAAAUGGAGGAGCCUGAUGCAGAUGAUGCAAAUGCUGCCGAUGAAGAAUCCGCCAGUCAAAGCGGUGACGACACAAACAGCGCGCAUCCCUUAAAACUAAGCGCCGCUUCCACACUACUCAGCAUGCAACAACGACAGCCACAUUCCAGAUCGCCAUUUAACAGGGGCCACCACGCUUCCAAUAAGCGUCCAUUGAAAUAUUCCGCCUCACCUGCACCACCGCUACCGCCAUCAAUCAAAAUACGUCGCUUGGACACAAUGCAAGAACGUGCUGCUCCCGGUGGUGGUGCGCACUCACAAUUGCGUACAAACAUUCCUCAUAAUACCAGCCAUAAAAAUGACAACAACAAUAAAAACAAUAUCGUUGGCCAGCGCAAGGAACAGCAGCAACAGCAGCAUACAUUGGCGCCAACACGUUCCGCCUACAAUGUACAAAUCAAUCGUCGUUGUUUGAGUAAUUCCGAACAGAAGUAUGCCGCUUUUGGUGAAUUCGUAUCUGCCUCGCUGUUGGAGUUACCCACGACACGCGCGCUGCAGUUGGUAGAGAAGUUCACUUCGGAGGUGGUGCGUGUGCUGUUGGAUAGUAAAGAGAAGAGCACACAAGUGCCAGCGCAACAAAAUGUGUUGCAGUCACAAUCAGCGCUGUCUGCUACAACACAACCGUUUCAGCAAAUUAACGGCAACAUUGGCGAAGCAGUGAAUGGUGUUUAAAAAUAUCCAUGCAGAUAAUUUGAAUAAAAAUACAUAUAAAAUAUAAUUAGUUUUAAUUAAUACUAUAUUUUUUUAAUGAACUGACUGUCUUGUGUUUUCCUAUUCGUAAUGUUUUAGUUAUUUCGUAUGUUAUAAUACAAUAUUUUGCGCAACGCUUGUAUAUUGAAUAAAGUUUUCCGCAUGUGCUUUUAAUAA